AUGACCUCCCUGAUGGCCCUCCCGCAUAAACAAGACCCUAUUGUGCUGGUCAUUGAUUUCCACCAUGCACGAGGCCCGGAAAUCGAACACUGCAUCGGCGAUGAGGGGACAAACCCGGCUAUUGACAAUGACUGGUCUCUACUACCUUUUAUGGCACUUUCUGAUGGCGCGCAUCUAUCGACUGAAGAAUUCUCAUAUUUCACAUUGCGUCGCAAAGAAACAUCCGAAUCGCCGGCGACUUCUCUUUUCGGCAUUUCCUGUUCUCGCCAGCUUGACGCAAAGCUCCUCACUUAUCGACCUCCUGACGUUACGCGCUCGACCGUACAGAAAGCGGUGGUGGUAGUAACGGACAGCCCGCAAAGAGUUGGACAAUUGCGCGAGAAGCUCUCGGUAGUGACCUCGGCAUGGUUUGCGCAACGGGACUUUUCAGAUAUUGAUAUUUUGAAGAAAUUUCGAGAAGGACUGGUGAUCAGUUUACUGAAUGAUGCAUCGAAAGAUCAGAACCUGGGUAUGUCUUUCACACGAUCUACUCAGACAUGUGCUUACCCAAUGGAAGGCCUUUCCCUGCGAGAGAUGAUCCACGAGUUCAAAUAUCAAACACUGGUGCUAUUCAAAGGUUUACUAUUGCAACCGAAGAUGCUUUUCUUCGGCACUCGUUGCGAGCGACUCUGCAUGAUUCAAUUUUCACUUAUCUCCUUAAUACCUGGCUUAAUCAAUCAUUUGCAAGACUGUGCAGACCCGGCCUUCGACAACUACGCGCAAAACGUUGAGAAGCCGACAUCUCUUAAGACGAGUGACAGAGGAUCUCUACUGGCCUAUAUGGGUUUACCUCUACAAAUCUUUGGCAAGGGAAGCAUGUUCGGUCCAUAUACGCCUUUACAGCAAUUAGACUUGCUGGCCGAUGAUGGCACAAAGUCAUAUGUCGUGGGAUCCACGAAUUCUUUGCUCUUGCAGCAAAAGGAUCGGUAUAGCGAUAUUUUAAUAAACCUUGAUGAAGAUAGUAUCAGCAUUUCAAACCCAACACUCCAAAGAGCACUAGCCCUCUCCGUGGCUGACAGACGUUGGAUAGACGUUCUCACUCAAAUCGUUAAUGAGACUUGGGAUGAGGCGCAUCCAUCACGCCCAAAGACACUUGGCUUCAUGGGCUCCGAAGAGUUCAUCAGACUUCAAUUUGAAGAAUAUCUCCUCGCCCUUCUAUCCAGCAUGAAAUAUCAUGAGCAAAUCACCUCUCAAACAUCGGGCGGCUCCCCAAAUCGAAACAGAGGACAAUCCCAAAACUUCAACAUUGAGGGCGAUCCUGCCAUCGAUUUCAAUAUUGAAUUUCUGACACAUUGGCAAAAAUCCUCUAACUACGCCUUAUUCUCGCGACUCACCUCCGACGCCCUGUUAUUCUCGAUCACCGAGCCCCGGCAUCCGAGUGCUGGUGGACUGACCAUGGAUGAUAUUCAGCGUCGCCUGUCCCAGCAAGUAGCCGAUCUUCACCUGGAUGAACGAGUACGCGAGAGCCGAGAAGCCAUUGGCCGUCAAUUGGCAACCGGCCAAAAGAAAGUCAGCGCAGCAUUCAACAGCUUCUGGUCAGAUAUCGAGUCAAUGCGAGAAGCUCAAAGAAAGCGUAAUGAGGAGAAAGCUGCAACUCAAUCCCAGCGUACGUCGAUCGAUUCCUCUGUCUGCCCGCCACCAGCUGCACCACAAUCCCCCUCUGAGACAUCGGGAGGUUGGUUCGCCUCUCGACAAAGACCGUCAAUCGACGUCACUCAAGCGCAGGCUUCUGUCAACGUCGCAGGACAGAAGGCCACCGCCUACUUCAGCUCAUGGGGCUCAUGGGCUAGCGAGAAGCGCAAAGAGUGGCAAGAAAAACGCAGUCAAUCUCCGAAUCCCAACUCCACCAACUCCGGAACUCCAUCUUCUCCUGUCCUGCCUGUAGUAAGCGAAGCUGUCGAGUCCGACCGUGGUCGUCGUCGCUCUAUGCAGCAGCGCCGCAGCGAAGACAACCCUGAUGGACUGAGUCGCAGCCUUAGUCGCAGAAAGCGAUGGAGUAAUAUGCUCCUGCGUCGGGAAAGCGGCGAGUUUAAGCGUGACGACGGCUCUGAAGGGUCCGAUAUUCAGUAUCCGAAAUCACCACUGUCUCAUGGCUCCCCAGCCUAUGAGUCUGUACCCGCGCAGGUAGAAUCAGAAGUGAUAUUCUCUAAUAAUGAGAACGAAAAACCCGGUGCUGAUGAAGAUGGGUUUACUGCUGUCACUCUCACCUCCAAUGAUGGAGUGCAAUUAAACACCGAGAAGACAGAACUCCAUUCACCCGAUACACCGGAUGAUUCGACGACUGCUCUACCUGUUCAAGAUACCAAGUUUUAA